AUGAGAAUCUGUGGCGUUCUGACCCCAGGAGGAGAUCAGGAGGAGGAGAUCAGAAGGAGAGCAGGAGGAGGAGACCAGGAGGAGAGCAGAAGGAGAGCAGAAGGAGACCAGGAGGAGGAGAGCAGGAGGAGAGCAGGAGGAGAGCAGGAGGACGAGAGCAGAAGGAGAGCAGGAGGGGACCAGGAGGAGAGCAGGAGGAGAGCAGGAGGAGAGCAGGAGGAGGAGAGCAGGAGGAGAGCAGGAGGAGGAGAGCAGAAGGAGAGCAGGAGGAGACCAGGAGGAGAGCAGGAGGAGAGCAGGAGGAGAGCAGGAGGAGGAGAGCAGGAGGAGAGCAGGACGAGGAGAGCAGGAGGAGAGCAGGAGGAGGAGAGCAGGAGGAGAGCAGGAGGAGGAGAGCAGAAGGAGAGCAGGAGGAGACCAGGAGGGAGAGCAGGAGGAGAGCAGGAGGAGAGCAGGAGGAGGAGAGCAGGAGGAGAGCAGGACGAGGAGAGCAGGAGGAGAGCAGGAGGAGGAGAGCAGAAGGAGAGCAGGAGGAGAGCAGGAGGAGAGCAGGAGGAGAGCAGGAGGAGGAGAGCAGGAGGAGAGCAGGAGGAGGUGACCAGGAGGAGGUGA